UUUGGGACCUUCUGCAGCCGUUCAUUCUGAACUCAUUCGCACAAGAAGCACUCUUCACCGCACGGGACCUCCGGACCGACUAUGACUGCGCAGACCCCGGUUCAAGACGCAUUCGGCCAGCAAUGGGACCGUCUCUCCUCCCCGGCCUCGCUUCAUUGCGCGCUGGAGAGCUCCAUGAGACUUUGGAAGCAGCCGAGCUCCGUUCCUCCGGUA